AUGGGCAUCACUGGUUUACUUCCAUUUUUAGAAAAAGCCUCAAAAAGAACGAACGUUAGUCAAUUUUCUACUGGUACGGUUGCUAUCGAUUCUUAUUGUUGGUUGCAUAAAGGUGUGUUUUCUUGUGCUGAAAAAUUAUCAAUGGGGCAACCAACAGAUGCAUACGUUCGUUAUUGUAUGAAAUUUAUAAAUAUGUUAUUAUCUCAUAAAAUAAAACCAAUACUUGUAUUUGAUGGAAGACAUUUGCCUGCAAAAGCACAAACCGAACUAAAACGACGAGAAUCUAGACAGAUAAAUCGCCGCAAAGGUAUUGAGCUAAUGCGAAUGGGACAACAUGCGGAGGCAAGAAAUUUAUUAAGAAGAUCUAUAGAUGUUACACAUGAAAUGGCUCUAGAGUUAAUUAAACAAUGUCAAAAAUUAAAUAUUGAUUGUAUUGUAGCACCAUAUGAAGCAGAUGCACAAUUAGCAUAUCUUAAUAUCAGUGGAAUUGCUGAUGUUGUUAUUACUGAAGAUAGUGAUUUAACACUAUUUGGUUGUAAAAAGGUACUGUUUAAAAUGGAUUUAAAUGGUAAUGGACUUUUAGUUGAUCAACAACAAUUGCAUCUUGCAAUGGGAAUACCUUCUGAACAUUUUAGUAUGGAUGAUUUCCUUUAUAUGUGUAUUCUAUCAGGCUGUGAUUACUUGCCAUCUCUUCCUGGUAUUGGAUUGAACAAAGCACGGAAGUUUAUAAAAAUAAAUACAGACUGUGAUAUACAUAGAGCUUUAACUCGACUAGGAUCUUAUUUAAAUAUGAAAUCUUUAGUUGUUACAAAAGAAUAUAGAGAUUCAUUUAUAUUGGCAGUUAUUACUUUUAAGCAUCAGUUAAUAUUUUGUCCUUUAACAAGAAGACAAAUUCGUUUAAAUUCACCUACAUCUGAUAUAACAAAAGAACAAUUAUAUUAUGCUGGUACAGAAAUAGAUCCAGACAUAGCAUUACAGCUUGCACUUGGAAACUGUGAUCCUUUUACUCUAAAAAUGCUUCAUAAUUUUGAUCCUGAUCAAAUAAGGAAUGAAGUUAAUAAAUGCAAUACAUGGGCACAAAAAACAAGACUCUCUCGACAUAUUAGUAUUUGGUCAAAAAAAUAUGAAUUAAUGCAAAAUCAUUUGCAAAAGUCUCUUCAAAAAAAGAAUCUUGAGGAUUGGUGUACUGUUAAUUCAGAAGCAGUUCUUCAAACAAAUCGUUUAAAAAAAUCUAUUUUUGUGAGACAACAAGAGAAUUCUGAAUGCGAACAAUUAAAUCAAAAGGAAAUAUUAGAUACAUAUAAAUCUACAAAUACAAUGGAUGUUGAAAAUAACCUAGAUAUAAAUGAUCUUACUCCUAGUGAAGAUGAAGUAUCUCCUGUUUUAAUUAGAAGAAAAAAUCAAUUUUCAAAAUACUCAUCUACUAUCAAAACUUCUCCAAGUCUUUUGUGUACAAGUAAAAGUAGAAUAAAGGGAAGAAAUAUAAUGCAUAUUAGGCGAACAAUUAUAGAUGAAGAAACUGUCACAGAGAGUAAAUUUUUUGCUACAGAUGUUAAUCCAAGAAAUAAUGUUCCAAUAAAUGAUAGUAAAAUAUAUUCAGUUAUGAAUUCAGAUGAAGUUUUAGUAGAAAAAGAAAAUAUUAAAACAGAUAAAAAUAAACAGACAAACAAUAUUAAUCUACAACUUUCAAUGGAAAGUAAUGAACUGGAAAAGGAUUCAUGUUGUAUUGAUAUUGAUGAACAACAUAAUACUUCAUUUAUAUUAAAUGAAUACGAAAAUGUUGAAACUUCAAACGCUUCUAAUUGUGAUUUAGAAAUAUCACAUUUAGAUAUUUCAAUGGAUGAAAAUAUAAAAAAUAGUAAUACAAAUAAAUUAAACAAUAUAAAUACUUCAUUAACAUCAUUGGAAUUUAAUACAGAUUCCGACUUCUUAGUUCAACAAGGAGAUCUAAACAUUUCAAAUAGUAGAUUAUGGUCUGAUACAAAAGUACUUGUACAAUCAAAUAAUAGAACAAAAAAAAAUAAAAGUAAAAAUUCUUCAAAUUCUCGUAUGUCUACAAAUAACAAAAUAAACAUGGCAAAUAAUACACGUCGAAGCCAACAUUUGCAUUCAGUACAAAGACAACAAAGUUUAUUAAGCACCUAUGGAUUUGAAAAAAAAAGUAAGUGUAACAUGCUAAAAUUUUGAAACUUUUCUUAAUUUAAUUAAUGAUAUUAUUUAUUUAUAGAAUUACAAUCUGUAACACAACAUAAUUACUGA